CGGACGCGGCGAGCGGCGCGGGCCCCGACCGAGCUGGCGGCGCGUGCCGGCCUCUCCCCGCCUCCUCCCCACCUGGCGCGCACCUGGCCGAGGCCCAGGUCGUGCCCAGACCGCGGCGGGCCGGUGCCAGGGCCGCGGGGGCCAGCGCCGAGGAGCGCGCGCGCCAUGGGGCCGCCGCCGGGGGCCGGGGUCUCCUCCCGACUGCUGGCCUGGUGCUUCCUGCUGGCGCUCAGCCCGCACGCCCCGUGCUCCCGGGGAGCCGAAGCCGUGUGGACCGCGUACCUCAACGUGUCCUGGCGGGUCCCGCACACCGGAGUGAACCGCACGGUGUGGGAGCUGAGCGAGGAGGGUGUGUACGGCCAAGAUUCGCCGCUGCAGCCGGUGGCCGGGGUCCUGGUGCCGCCCGACGGGCCCGGGGCGCUCAACGCCUGUAACCCGCACACGAAUUUCUCGGUCCCGGGAAGCUGGGGCAGCAACGUGCAAGUGUCCUGGCUGGCGCUUAUCCAGCGCGGCGGGGGCUGCACCUUCGCCGACAAGAUCCAGCUGGCUUACGAGAGAGGGGCGUCCGGAGCCGUCAUCUUUAACUUCCCGGGGACCCGCAAUGAGGUCAUCCCCAUGUCUCACCCGGGUGCUGAUGGUAUUGUUGCAAUCAUGAUUGGCAAUCUGAAAGGCACAAAAAUUCUACAGUCUAUUAAAAGAGGCAUACAAGUAACAAUGGUGAUCGAAGUAGGGAAGAAACACGGCCCUUGGGUGAAUCACUAUUCCAUUUUCUUCGUGUCUGUGUCCUUUUUUAUUAUCACGGCGGCAACCGUGGGCUAUUUUAUCUUUUAUUCUGCUCGAAGAUUGCGAAAUGCAAGAGCUCAAAGCCGGAAGCAGAGACAAUUAAAGGCAGAUGCUAAAAAGGCUAUUGGAAGGCUUCAGCUGCGUACCCUGAAACAAGGAGACAAGGAAAUUGGCCCUGAUGGAGAUAGCUGUGCUGUGUGCAUUGAACUGUAUAAGCCAAAUGACUUAGUGCGCAUUUUAACCUGCAACCAUAUAUUCCAUAAGACGUGUGUUGACCCAUGGCUGCUGGAACACAGGACUUGCCCCAUGUGCAAAUGUGACAUUCUCAAAGCUUUGGGAAUUGAGGUGGAUGUUGAGGAUGGAUCAGUGUCUCUGCAGGUCCCUGUGUCCAAUGAAGCAUCCAACAGUGCCUCUCCUCAUGAGGAGGAUAAUCGCAGUGAGACUGCAUCAUCUGGAUAUGCUUCAGUUCAAGGGACAGAUGAACCACCUGUGGAGGAACAUGUGCAGUUAACAAAUGAAAAUCUGCAGCUGGUAAACCAUGAAGCAAAUUCUGUGACCGUGGAUGUUGUUCCUCAUGUUGAUAACCCAACCUUUGAAGAAGAUGAAACUACUGAUCAAGAGUCUGCUGUUCAAGAAGUUAAAUCGUAAAUCUGUGUCAAUAGAAAACUUGAACAUUUAGUCGUAACAUAACUGCCAAUGAGGGCCUAGUUUACUAUCAGUGGACUGAAUAAAUUUAAUAAAAUAAGAAUGAUACUGAAAGUGCUGAGAUGACUAAUACUAUGCUAUAAUUAAAUGGCUUAAAAUAUUUAACCUAUUAACUGUUUUUCCACAAACUCACACUCUUAAUGGUUUUCAUAGGUGAGUUUCUUCUCAAUAGUUAUAGAACAUUUUUAAACAUUAACAACUGUCUUCAAGUAGUCAUAUUGUUCAUUUGUAACAAAUUUCUUAUAAAAACAUGCUGCUUUUAAAAUGUGGAAUAGCUGUAAUCAUGUUAUUUUAUGAUACUAUCUUAAUUAAAAUACUAUGUUAGCUUGGGCUAUGUAUGUGUCAAGGUUUUUCUCCAGGUGUGUAUAUUGAUCUGAAAUUUUAAUACAAAUUUAGGCUAAAACCUCAUGACAUGUCUAUUUAAGCUACAUUGAGUUGUUAGAACAAGAUUAAAGCUGAAUAUUCAUUUUAACUAUUUCUUGUUUUUAAAAUUAAGCUAAAUGUGUUUUGUGUGAGAUCUUGAGCAUCGUUUAUACGAGACUAUAGACAGGACUGGAUUGAUAGGCAUUACUAGUGACACCAAUUUAAUACAUGAUUACAGGCAAAAUAGUUUCUUACAAAAAUGCCAUGGGACAAUUUAUCAAACUUGUAGAAUUCUCCAAAGCCAAAUAUGUGAAUUAUCACACUCUGUAAAAAUGAUCAUGAUUAAGUCUCACAAAAACUAGAAACUGAUCUUUGUGUACGAAUCUACAGAAAUUAGUCUGUAGAAAAUGUUUUCAAACAAUGUCAACUUUUGAAAAUUGAGUUUACAUUUUACCUAAAUGGGCUAAAAUUGUAUUUGGUAAACAGAAAUCCAUCCAUAUAUCUAUAAAUUUUGUGAAAAGCAUUUUUUUUGGUGUUUGAAAAAGAGUAGUGGGUGGGGGGAGAAUUCCUGGUGCCUUAAUAUAAAGUUUGAAGCUUCAUCCACCAAAGUGAUAUAUAGCUCUUUAUAAAUGCACUUUAUUUGUAUUCUCUGUGGCUUAUCUUUGGUUCUAGAAUUUUGUUUCCAGUGCAAAUUCCAGUAGAAUUUAGGCAAAAUCAGAAUAGACAUGUAUUUUGCUUGCUAAAGUGUAAAAUGGAUGAAACCAUUGCAUUCUUGUACACUGAUUUGAAAUGCUGUAAAUAUGUGCUGAUUUGUAUUGAUUCUCUUUAAAUAUAAAGUGUAAAUAAAUAUUCCAAUAAAAGUUUGUGUCUGCUUAACA